CUCCGUACCUGAAGUGGUUUAAUUUUACGCGCGGUAUCGAUCGUGGUCAUGACAUUACCUGUUAUAGAUAACGAAUUCGAAAAUGGACAUAUUUUAAAUAAGUUAAUCUGUGUAAAGGAAAAUGGCUGCCAUUUCGGGGAGUGAGAUGGAGAAACAGUCAGAUGAAACACUUCAUCUGUUAUGUUCUCCCUGUAAACGUAAGGAAAUAAAUAAAGAAGCGGACAAAUAUUGUGCUGACUGCCAUGAUUAUUAUUGUUCGGAUUGUCUAAACGUUCACGAUGAAUUUCCAGCCUUUGUCUGGACAUACGAUUCUAGAUAAAGAUCAAGUCAAAGAUGGAAAGAGCGGAACAUUGCCUGUAACACCAACACAAAGAUGCGAGAGACACGGGUUUAAACUUGAUGACAUGUAUUGUCAAGGUCACGAUAACGUUGGUUGUUCUACAUGUAUGGCAGUAGAUCACAAGUCUUGUAACGAUGUUUUCUACGUGCCUGAGUACGUCUUAGAUCAUGACCCUACAAUUCAAUGUGAAGACGUUCAACAGAAAAGGCUAGCUGUUACCGGUGACAUUGAAUUCCAGCUGAAAAUUCGACAACGGGAAAUAAAACGAUUGUUCAAACGGAAAGAAGAAGAAGUUGAAAACAUAAAACAGUUCCGGAUUAAUAUCAACCAGAAACUUGACAAUCUUGAAAAGAAAAGCAUUGAUAACAUAGAAGAUAAAUACAAAGCAUUAAUCAAGAAGUUUGAAGAGCAAAUGGCCAUACUGACAACUUUCCAGAACGAUGUUCAGACUUCAGCAGCAGAUAUUAUAUCCGCCUCAUCAAAUGUGUCGCAAAAAUUUGUGGGGAUGAAAGUAGCUUACUCUGUUACACAAAGAGCAGAUAAUGGUUUAAGAGAGAAAGCAGUGGAAUUCAAAAGAUUUGAUGUUGUCUUUGAACAACAACCGAAGUUGAUGUCAAUGAUAGACCAAAUGGACAUAUUGGGAGAAAUUGUGGAAAAACCUGCUAUAUAUAGGCUAGGGGAAAAGAGGGAGAUUAGUAUCAAACAUGAUUCAGACUCGAACUCCUGUUAUGAUAUACGCAGUAUAUGUAAGCUUAAGGAUGGCUGUAUGAUUAUCGCUGAUUACAAUAAUAAAAGCUUAAAACGUCUUGACGUGGCCUCUUCCAAAAUAAUAGAUGUAUGUCAACUCCCGAGAUACCCGUGGCAAAUUUGUGAAGUUGACAAUGAGGUAGCUGUAUCCUCUGGUGGGAUGAAUAUUGACAUUGUUACCACAGAAGGUUCCCUUAAAGUAACACGGCAAAUAAAAACCGAUCAUAAAUGUUAUGGCUUAGGGUACAAGAAUGGGAAAAUGUAUGUAACUGAUUCAAACAGGACUAUUUUUGUCUACAGCAAGACUUGGACAAUGCUGAUACUAUUUUCCAAAGAUCGGUCAGGUGAUAACUUGUUUGCCAGUAUCUUCAGUCUUACAGUUAGUCAAGAUGGUCAGAGGGUUUAUAUUGCUGACUCGAGAAAUGGUCUAGUAGUUCUUAGUAAGGAAGGUAAAUUACAUGGAAAAUAUAAUCCCACCAAUCUCAGAUACGUGAGGGAGAUUUGUGAAACAGACAGUGGAGAUAUACUUGUUUGCGGUGAACCAUCUAACAAUAUUGUACAAUUUUCUCCUAAUGGUGAGGUAGUAGGAGAAAUACUUACAUCAGAUGGUCAAGAAGGAAGUUGUUGGGCUGUUUGCUAUGAUCGCAAUCACACGAGGCUGAUAGUAGGACGACGAUCACGGGAUUAUAUAGAAGUAUAUAACAUAAAUUGGACAAAAAAUGAUAUCUAAAUUUUCAUGACGGUAAAUCGUUACCUGAUAACUUGAUCAAAUACAAUCCAUAAAUAAAUAACAAAGUUAUGACAAUUGAAGAAAAUUUCAAUAGUCUGACCUUUAUCGUCAAUGUAAAUAAAGGUCAAGAUCAAGUUUGAAUAUUUAAUCAUGUUGAUUUAGUCUUAAAACAAAUAUGUGUACUUUUAUCAAAGUUUCAAUAGAAUCCAUAAUUAUAUAACAAAGCUUUGGCCAGUUGUAGGGAAAUUAAGUAAUUUUAUCUAUGGUGUCAAUGCCAAAUGAAUGUCAUGCUUUUGUUGUUGUUUUUUUUUUCUCUAAAAGCAAACAAAUAAAACAUUUAAAUAAAUCUGUUAAAUAUUAUUUUAGGGAAAAAAAUAAAGUAGUUCACGCGGUCAAAAUCUAGAUCAGCUGAAAACAGAGUUCAAUGUUAAAUUUGAAACUGUGCAUAAGGUCCAAAUUUCAUAGCUGUACAUCAAAGAACAAGAAGGUAGGUCACUAGGUCAAAAUCUAGGUCAAGUAAUAUCAAAGUUAAAUUUUACAUCUAAAACUGGGCAUAUGGUCCAAAUUUGAUAGCUUUAUAUCAAAAACAAGAAAGGAGGCCACUAGGUCAAAAUCUGGGUCAGGUGAUAUCAAUAAAACUGUGCACAUGGUCCAAUUUUCAUAACUGUACAUAAAAAAGAAAGUAGGUCAACAGGUCAAAAUCUAAGUCAGAUAAUAUUAAAUUUCAGUGUUACAUCUGAAAAUCCAUGUGGUCAUUACACCAACAACAUUCAAUAUUUUGAAAUUGGCUGUCAGUGUCAUUUAACGCUCAAGUUCAAAGUUCAAUUUUCAAGAAGAUCUUGUCCAAAUGAAUGUUUUGUCCAAAUAUGAGGAUAAUCAAAUAAUUAAUUACCAAGUUUAAAUCAAUAAAAGCUAAAAUCAGUGGUCAAGGUCAUUAAUGAGGCAAUGUCUUUUUGAGUUUAAAAAGCAUGACGGUCAAAUCCUCAAGAAUGUUUUAUCUUAACCUUUUACCCCAUGAGCAUAUUGUGAAAAAUGGCCGUUUUCAUUGAAAAGCCUCCUGUUACAAGUUUCAACUGCUAUAAAACUAUGAAAAAUGCUUCAAUACUGGUGAAACUUGGCACAUAUGUUGACUGAACCAUAACCUCUGUAACAACAUGCUCAAUCUUAAAUUUCCUGUUACCAUGGCAACGGUUGGACGUCUAAAAAUUGCGAAAAAUCACUAUCAAAGUGCUGCAACUUCUCAAUGCAAUGAAAUAGAGUAAAAAGCUUUUCAGCGUUGGUUACACGUCAUCUUAAGACCGACCUGUGGCCAUGUUUAACCUGUCACAUGUCCAAAAUUUUCUUGGCGAUGAGGGGGUCUAUCGCCCCCUUCAAACCCCCAAACAGAAGGGGGCACAUUCCCCUUCUUGCAACCCCCUGAUGUAUCAUUUUGAUGGGGGCCGCGCCGAAAAAGUGGUCACUUUUUUAACAGAAUUUCUCAAACGGAAAAAAGUGUUUGGGGCCUUUUUUCACUGUUUUAGGCCUCAAAAGGGUGGAAAAGCCGUCGAAACACGCUUAUAUCAGGGAAAAGGUUAAUAUGAAGUAAAUGCAUUCAUAAAAAGUCAGUUACAGAAGAAAGAACAAGAUAAUUUCAUUAACUUGACCUUGACAGUUAAGGUCAAUUUAAGAUUAAGGUCACAUCUAAAUUAUCCAAUAUGUCUGUUUCAUAGCAAGUAUUGUUUUGUGCAAGUUUAAGUCAAAUCCGUACAAAAAUAAAAUUAUGAAAAUUUAACCAAAAUUCAAUAAUUUGACUAUGAUGGUCAAUGUCAUUUAACACUCAAUGUCAAGGUUAAUACAACAACCAACAAAUAUGAUGAUAAUCCAUUGUUUAAGUACCAAGGUAGUAGUUAUAGUCAAUUCAAUUUUACUAAAUUUUUUUAAAAAUUCAAUAUUUUUACCAUCAAGGUCAUCAACAAGCCAAGGUCAAUUUGUGUUUGACAUACAUGACGGACUGAUCUUAAAGAAUGAUUUGUCUUAGAAUAUAGUUAAUCAAUUCAUUAAUAACAAAGUUAUAGCCAGUUACAGAAGAAAAUUUCAAUAAUUUGACCUUCAAGGUCAAUGUCAUCUAUAAGUGAAGGUAAAGGUCUGUCUGGUUUACUUGAAGGUCUAUCAUUUAAGAUUGUUAUGUUCAAGUUUGAAGACAUUUAAGUAAAAAACAAAGUUAUAAGCACUAAUAGCAAAAUAAAAGCAAGAAUUAAGUGAAAUUUAGAUAUCUUAACUUAAAGGUCAAGGUUAUUUUUUAAUGAAGGUCAAAUUUAGUUUGGUCUACUUGAAAAUCUUUUCCGAAGGGUUGUUGUGGUCAUGAAGACAAUACUCCAAGAACUUACAAUGUUAUGAUCAAGAUAAUGUUUGUGGACGGCAACGGCAACGACUACGACAUAACUGUAACAAUACCCGUAUUUUUUUCAGAAAAAAGUCUAGCUAAAAAGGACUUGAAUAAAUUAACUACGAGUUGAUAUCCCCUGACGAUAAAAUCGUAAGUGGCCUUGUUCGUUCGUCCUGUUUAAUUCCCGAUCAUAGACCUGGUUGGUCUUUUAAGAAUAUUUAUAAUAACAUCAAUGUAUUAAUGCAUGUGCGUGUGCGUGUGCGUGUGUGUGUGUGUGUGUGUGCGUGCGAGCGUGCGUGUGUGCGUGAGUUGGUGCGUGCAUGUGUGCUUGUGUGCGUGCGUGUAUGUGCGCGCGUACGUGUGUAUAAAAAACGUAAAUGCGUCCACCAAAGUUGACUGAUUAGUCUUUUAUUGUUGUUUUUUGUCAAUUAAGAAAAAAAUCGAUACGGCUAAUAUAUAUGACGUUGUAUGUGACCUCAUUAAA